AUGCUCGCUGAUCGAGACGCUCGGAUCGACGCGGAGCAGGUCUCCGGCCAAUAUUCCGUCUGGCGCGAUGUGCUUCGUGUUAUGCGAUGUCCCAGGCCUCCAUGUCGCUACGAAGGACAAUACUACUGGCAAGAUCCAGAGGGGAAGAGGCACCAUAGGUUGAAAACACACUAUCUGAAGACCCUCGUCAAAUAUGUGGAGCAAGCUGGGGUUCUCGAGACCCACGCUGAUGUCCCUGAUAGUGUUCACGAGCAGCUCUAUGCCGAAAACCAGCGACUAAACAAAAAAAAGAAAGCUGCGGAGAACUCUACAUCGGGUUCUGUGUGUCCUCCAGUCUAUAUCAAUGUCCUCCCGGCUAGAUCAUCUCAACCGUCUAUACAGCCCUCUGCAAAUGAUGCUAUGCGCACUAGGCCCGGCUGUACUGAAUCUAUUGUGAUCGACGGCCUGCUAGAUAACUCUGUGGACGAGUAUACUGAAUAG